AUGUACGACUGCACAUUGACGUCCGAAGAACAGUCAAAUUUUGUUUGGCAGGCCUCUGAGGACCGUGCACCUAAACAAGAUGGAGAAAUGAGUUUAAUCAAAGGUGAUUUAAUUUCAGAUGUUAAACUUUUAAACGAUCAAUGGGGCAUCGGCAGAAAUUAUAGAGGUUUUGUUGGAAUGUUUCCUCUAAGAUUCGUGGUUCCAGUUGAUGAUUGUUCUAGUAAUCCACAAUUUUUGAGGUUACCUGUUAAUUCCCUUUUAGACGAAAUAGGACAAAUGAGCCAUAAUGACAUCAACAAAUUUACCCUUUCUUCAAAAUCAAACACUUCAAAUAGCUUAAAAAUGACUGGAAAUGUUGAAAUGGCUGAUCAGCUGGAAUCAAAUAUAGAAAACCAAUUUGUAAAAUAUAGUAAAAGCCAGAACAAUAUUGAUAAUGAAAAUUGCAAUCAAACGGAAGAUUUACAUAAAAACGUUCCUCAAAACCAAAUAAAGGGAACAUCCAAUUUUUUUUCAAAACCAAAAAUGCUAGUAAAGCCCAGACCGGGGAAUGCAAAUAAAAUUACUUCCAAAAAUGGUUCCUCAUCUUCUCUACAACAUUCACAGAAUUCAAAUAAAGAUAUAAUAAAAACAAAUGCAACAUUUCCAGCAAAAAGUUGUUUAACCAUGGGUCUAAUUUGGAAACCCAUGUCGUCUCUAAACCAAAAUUCACAUCAAACAAAGCCUUCUCCCAACAGCAGUUACAACUGCUACUGCAAAAAAUCUACCGAUCCUAAUUAUUUUAAUCGCCAUUCAACAGUUUCUAGCCAUCACCACAUGUCAAAUUUAGAGUUGUAUGAAAAUGUUCAUCUUCAAAAUGUUAACGAUCAAAUUAGAAACUCCAUGUACUCUAGGGUAAACAAAAAACCAUUAAUAAAACCUAGAUCAAUGCAAACACUAAGCAACAAUGCGUCGUUUACCGCUGAUUCAGUCUAUUCAGAACCCAACAGUAAUAAAGCUUUGUUUACAAACUCCUUAAUGAAACAAAACGUGACAAGAAUUCCGUCGAGAACUGGGCAAAAGAUAUCUUUCUUAAGAGUCGCUGGAUGUGCAAUGACUUCUCUACUUAUUGCUGUUUUUGUGGCCUUAAUGAUGUACUUUUUACUCAGUUAUGAGCUUCUCUGCGUGUUUAUUACUUUUUGUGUGCUUUCAACCAUUUCCUUCACGAUCUUACUCAUUUCAAGACUUUUGCGAUGUUUGUUGGCCAUACUUCUACCGUCCUUGGCAACCCUUAAAGGAAACAUUUUUUUAAUUUGUAUAGUGUGGGUGCUUGUUAUAGUUGAACCAAUAAUACACAUAGAAAACAACAUGAAAGCUACAAUAGACAGCAUGAGCUGUUUGAUGGAAAUGUCAUACAACCAAACAAACACUAUUUUGAAACCGUAUGAUGCGCUCAUUAACCAAAUCAAUAAAACUGUCAUAUAUAUGGAAGUUUCUGCUCAAAAUGUAAUUAACAGUUUAAUGCCCUUAGAAAAAAAUUUAAAUAAAAUAGAAUCAGAAGUAAAUUACGGACGUAUCAGUCUGCUGGGAACAAAAAAGACUUGCCUGGAGCAAAUGAACACUGCUUAUAAAAUUUGCGAAGACAGUUUGUCUCAAGCCUAUAAGCAAUGUCAGAGCGUUCUUGAACAGAUUGGGAUUGUUUACCAGCAAGCCAGAGCGGCACUUGAUAGUUUAGACCCAUAUAAAUGGGGUCAGACACAUGCAAAAUAUAAAAGAGAUGCAUACGGCAGAUCGAAUUCAAUCAGUUCUCGUGACAACCAGCUAAUUUGUAAACAUCUGAAUGAACCACAAAUUUGCAAAAAUCAAGUAGAUCCAGAAGAUGUUUGUCAUCCAACUUUAUGGGUGGGGAAUGCCAUACAAGAAGCUGUAAACGAAACGUUAAGUGCCUUGAAACAAUUGACGAAUUCUCUCCAGUUCCACGUCACUGAUGCUCCUUAUGUUGAAGCUAGAUCUAAAACUAUAGAAAAGUCUAACAACUUCAAUCGUAAAAUAAUGGACGCUUACAAAGUUUAUCUUGGUUACUUUCAAUUGGCCUUAUUCUUCAUAGCGAAAAUAUGUCCUUUUUCAAUUUUGAUCGUUUUUAGUGCGGCCUACAAUUAUAUAAAACUCUAUGUAACAGAUGACAAACAUGAUAAUUGUUAUCUGGAUAAAAGCUUUGAUAGGAUUGAUCACAUGAUAAGCAGCCUCACAAAUAGACCACUUCUAACACCAUUUAGCGAUCACGAAAAAAUUUACGUCAGUAACGAAUUGCAAUACGAAAAAUCUAGAAAGGGCCACAGCCAGCUUUGCAUUUUUUUCUUGAAUCUCCUCUUUGUGGGAACUAUAUACUACUUAUGUUACAGACACAUUUAUGCGCUACAGUUAAUAAGUGAUCACCAGAUCAAACAGCUUGACGGUCUUGAUUCUAUUGAAAUGGUGGUCGUCGGCGAAGGAUUAUUCGUAGAACUGAUCAACGUGUUUUUAAAAAGCCUUCAUCCAUCAAAAAUUUGGAAUAACUUAACAAACACUGACCACUGUGUAAAAAAACUAGAAAAAAUUUCAUUUGUAAUUUUAGCUGUCAUUGUGGCCGUAAACUUGCUUUUAUUUUUAUUAAUCGUAUUUAAACGUUCUUUUCGGAAAUGGCGCCACAAAAUUGUUAGUUAUUUUUACAAAGAAAGACACCAGUCAAGACUUAUAUGGUUACACGAUCAAAUGAGCUUCAGACGAUCGCUUUACCCAGAAAUAAUUUAUGAAUCAGUUCGUUCCAAAUAUAGAAAGAUUAUCAUGCGUGUUAAAAUAAGUAAUUUUCACUCGUGUCUAGCUAAAAUAAAGUCAACUUGCAAAAGCCGUAGAUGUCUGGUGUGUGACUCAAAAGAAACAAAUUUAUCAUACAGUUGCACGAUUGAAAUCUGUGCUGGAGUGUACUGUGCAUCCUGCUUUCGAGACAUGAGAGAGACUUGUCCAUUGUGUCGGUUUGAAACAAUCAGAUAG